UUAAAGAGCAGUCGAUAAAGGGAAAGGUAAACAGUUCCUCGACAACCAUGGCUUUGGACAGUCAAACUAAAUCUAGCAUCUUUGCGAUCCUAUGCUGCCUCUUCCUUGGACUCUCUACUGGGUCAACAACGGACCAGCUUGGACCUGAGGGACGUGUAGUUGGCGGAAAAGCAGCAUCCGUUAAUGCGGCACCCUAUGCGGUGUCCAUGCAAUAUAAGAGCACUCACUACUGCGCCGCAAGCAUCAUCAAUGCCCACUGGUUGGUGACAGCUGCCCAUUGUCUCUCCAAUCGUGCCCAAGUGCUUGGCAGCACUCUCGUGGCUGGAAGCAAUGCUGUGGCUGGAACAGCGUCCACAACACAAAAGCGAAGCAUCACUCACUUUGUGGUGAAUGAUCUAUAUACUGGUGGAACUGUACCAUAUGAUAUUGGAUUGAUUUACACACCAACCGCUUUCACUUGGACAGCUGCCGUUGCUGCUGUUAGUCUGCCCAAGUCUGGUGUGAUUCCCACUGGAACUGCCAACUUGUAUGGCUGGGGAAGUACCUCGACUUCGAGUGCCGCCUCAUAUCCCAAGGAACUGCAAGUGGCUGCUAAUGUACCCAUCAUCAGUCUGACCUCCUGUGAAAAAGCGCUGGGUCAGAAGGGAAGAGAUCUUCAUAGCACAAACUUGUGCACAGGUCCGCUGACCGGUAAAGUGAGUAUUUGUACUUCGGAUUCUGGUGGUCCUCUGGUGCAGGGUAAUGUCUUGAUUGGCAUUGUCUCCUGGGGCAAGCUGCCAUGUGGUCAGCUCAAUUCGCCUUCCGUCUAUGUGCAAGUUUCUUCGUUUAUAACCUGGAUAUCAGCCAACCAGCGUCUGUAAUAAGAGUUAUGCUAAAACAUUGAAGAAAUAAACAUUGAACAUAAGAUUAAUAUUUUGUCACAAUAUA